UUUAUUUUUAUAUGUUGCUACGUUGGGCUAUGUUGGUAUGUUCUCUUCACCGACGGAGAAGAAAACUAAGAACGAAUAUGUUGCAAAUUAGAGGAAGAUAAAAAUAGAUUGAAUCCGAAGGAACAUAAAAACAUAUCAUUCUUAUCCGAAUCAUUAGAUAAAAAGGAUAAAAUGUGUAAGAACAUGAACAUAGCAAAGGAGAAACUCACAUAUAGUUUGGGUUUCUAAAAAAAAUGAUUGAAAUUAUUGUUAUCAAUAAAAAAAACCAGUAAUGGACAAACAAAAUAGAAAGUUAACAUUGAGUUUGAGUGUGAUUGAAUGUCAUUGAGUCUUCUUGAGUAUACAAGAAACUAUAGAUGCAUAUGAACUGGCAUAGGGUAGCUUUUGUUGCUCAAUUCAUGUAAUUUUUUUUCUUAAACCGUUGAUUUCAUUUUUUUUGGAAUCCAAGUACACUGAUUUUAAAAUCCAUCAAAAUUCAGGGGUUCUAAACAGGGGUUAAGAUUGUUGAAACAUUUGUUUGGGAUAAGCUGUGCAUUUGAAUCAGUAUCAUGGUUGACGACUGGAAUGCAGUAGAAUUGGUGAGAGGUGCGAAGAGAAGGAAAAAGAUGGGUUCCAGGAACAAGAAAAGACCGAGGAUGAUGGGUGGAAGUGGGAACAAAGUUAAGGUUCAUAGGAAGAUGAAGAAACUCUUCCAAAAGCGAGCUGAGUAUAAUUUAGAUGAUAACGAUGAUGACGAGAAAGCUCCGGUGAUUGGAGACGAAACCAAAACUUCAAUGCUCAGUCAUGAGGAGGUUGGAGAUGAAGAGUUUUCUGAGGGUGAAGAGGAAGGGAAGGAUAUCAAUGCAGAUCUCGAGCCAUCCGAAGACGAUGAAAAUGGUGAUAUUCAACCAGGUAUAGCUAAGUUUACAGAAGGUUGUAGAGCAUUCCGGGCUGCAUUAAGGAGUAUCCUCAAGAAGAGCAUAUCUGAUGAAACUUUGGGUCCUAUAUUAUCAGCAAACAAGAAGCUUGUUGCUGAAAAGCUUGCAGAAGAGGAAGCUGAGAGGAAAGUUAAAGGAGAGGCCAAGAAAGAGAAACAAACGGUGGGAGAAAAAGGCCAUGUGAAACCUGCUACUUACUUGGAUUCUAAUGAAAAGUUUCUUAUUGGCGUUGCUACUAAAGGAGUUGUCAAGUUGUUUAACGCUGUCAAUAAGGCACAACAUGCUCAGAAAGGUUUGAAUCCUUCGAGAGCUAAAGAUGUUGAAGCAAUAAAUAAACGCAGGAAAGAAGCUUUCUUUUCUGUGUUGGGCAAGACAAUUUUGUCAGCAACAAACAGUAAUGCAAAGUUAGACACAUCAGGUGGUGCAGUGGACGCCGAAGGACCCGCUUGGGCUCCAUUGCGUGAUAAUUAUAUGCUGACCAAUUCCAAGUUAAAAGAUUGGGAUAAGAUGCCAUGGGAGGAUGUUAGAAGACAGUAGCUCAGAUGAGGAUUGAUAGAUGUUGACACAGCUCGGUUCUAUUUUGGUUUGUUAGUUUCAAACUGCAAAGGAGUACCUCAAUCCAUUCCCCUCAUAUGAUGUUGGUGGUACGUCAAUAUGUUGUCGAUUCAUCUGUGCAUAUAUCGUCGAUAUUGUAGGAUUUUCGAGCAAAUUGCUUGAAAGAUGAACAUAUUGGUCUUGAUUUGUAUGUUUUGCACAAAUAGUCAAAACUCGAAAGAAAUUUGUUCUAAACCUUCAACACAUUGUGUUUGUAAAGUGACUAUGAUCAUACGAGAGGUUGUUAGGUGUUUGAUUCAUUCGAGCGGUUGAUUUCAAACGAAUGCAAGAGAUUUAGGAUACGUUA